AUCUUGCGCACACCUGUGUCUGAGGACAUGCUUGGACGCGUUUUCAACGGGUCAGGUAAACCCAUUGACCGGGGUCCUACUGUUCUGGCUGAGGACUAUUUGGACAUCAUGGGUCAGCCCAUCAACCCUCAGUGUCGUAUCUACCCUGAGGAAAUGAUCCAGACUGGCAUCUCUGCUAUUGACGGCAUGAACAGCAUCGCCCGUGGACAGAAGAUCCCCAUCUUUAGCGCUGCGGGGCUACCGCAUAAUGAG